GGACAAGGACUCUCGUGUGCAGUGAACCUCCAAGGGUUGGCAGCUUCAGUUAAGGGAUUGAAUAAAAUUUGGACAGAAUAUUUGCUGGUAUGACCAGAGGAGAACAUUGAACUUUGUGUGGAAUGCAGAUUGGAAUUAUCGGCGGGUCAGGAUUGGACAACCCAGAUCUUUUGGAGAAAAGAAGUGAGAAGUGUGUGGAUACUCCAUAUGGAAAGCCUUCAGAUGCUCUGAUACUGGGGAAGAUCAAAAAUGUAGAUUGUGUCAUACUAGCCAGGCACGGGAGGCAACACACCAUUAUGCCAACAAACGUCAACUUCCGAGCAAACAUCUGGGCACUGAAGGAAGAGGGCUGCACCCAUAUUCUUGCUACCACCGCCUGUGGCUCUUUACGGGAAGAAAUCCACCCUGGGGAUAUUGUCAUCUUAGACCAAUUCAUUGACCGGACAACAAAGAGACAGCAGUCUUUCUACGACGGGUGUCCUCAGAGCCAGAUGGGAGUUUGUCACAUUCCAAUGGCAGAUCCUUUCUGCAGCCAAACUAGAGAGUUGCUGGUUAACAGUGCAAAGAAGCUGGGAAUUAAACACCACAUGAAGGGGACCAUGAUUACAAUCGAAGGACCCCGGUUCUCCUCCCGGGCCGAAAGUAUCAUCUUUCGUCAGUGGAAUGCCGACGUUAUCAACAUGACCACUGUCCCCGAGGUGGUGCUGGCUAAGGAAGCCUCCAUUUGCUACGCUAGCAUUGCUAUGGCAACCGACUAUGACUGCUGGAAGGAGAACGAAGAGGCGGUAUCUGUGGAAAAAGUCCUCAAAACAAUGAAGAAGAAUGCAGAGAAGGCUGUGAACAUAAUACUCGAUGUCAUUCCACAGAUUGCUUCCAUGGACUGGUCUGACACUAUCAAGAACUUGAAGGACUCCUUGCAGAUUUCCAUUAUGUUACCACAAUAGAGAUUGACCACCUGGAAGAUGAUCCUUCUGUGAUCGAGUUCUCAUCAUUAUAGUUUAUCUUAGUAUUUCAAGGUUAUCAUUUAUACAGCACAGUGUUUGAAUUAUCUGCAUGUGUACCCCCAGUAAAAGUUGAAACAAGAACUAGAAAUGGUGGUAUUGAGCUGUACAUUAUUCAUAUCAAUCUUUCUCAGUCUGUCUAUCUAAUACUAUUACCUGGAAAUGUGCCUGUUAUCACAGUCAGUUAACCUAUGUAAUUGAACGUUGUGGCUCCUCAAUAUCCUUUCAGCAUGUGAUUUGUAAUUUCAAAAGCCGAUUAAAUCUCUCCCCUACCCUUA